AUGACCGCCUGCCUCCACCACGAAGCGGGGCUGCCGCCGCUCCAGGUCGCGACUGCCAAAGUGCACACCGACAUGUCAUACCAGUGCUAUGUGCGUCUCCAGAAGGUCCUUCCCUGCCUGAUUGCGCUCUUUAUCGUGCUGCUCGUGACGGCUGUCUUAUACGGCGUCUUGACACCGGAGACUACGACCUCGCCGACGCCACUCCCGACGGUCUUUCUCUUGCCUGCGCGUAGCUACCCGCUGCUUCGCCAAACGUUCUACCCUUAG